AUGACAAUGAUGAUGAAGACACUAGCGAAUUCGGCAGUUGCCUUCUACUUAAAUCCGGUUGAACUGCCUGAACUGUCUGGUCUGUUCGGUCUGUCUGGUCUGGCUGGUCUGUCUGGUCUGUCUGGUCUGUCUGGUCUGUCUGGUCUGUCUGGUCUGUCUGGUCUGUCUGGUCUGUCUGGUCUGUCUGGUCUGUCUGGUCUGUCUGGUCUGUCUGGUCUGUCUGGUCUGUCUGGUCUGUCUGGUCUGUCUGGUCUGUCUGGUCUGUCUGGUCUGUCUGGUCUGUCUGGUCUGUCUGGUCUGUCUGGUCUGUCUGGUCUGUCUGGUCUGUCUGUUUGGUCUGCUUAG